GGGGCGAGGCUUCCCCCUUCCCCGCCCCUCCUCCGCCCUCCAUUCCCUCCCUGGGACGGCUGCGCGGAGCGGCGGGGAGGGCGCCGGCGGCGGCUGUACUUUCCAGGCUGAAGCUGGAGCAGGGCUUUGGCGGUGUCUAUCGAACCCUAGGGACCGGUUGACUGAGGAAAAGAGGGAGGGAAUCCCGCGCAGCCGAGCUGCGCCGCCUGGGAAGUCCUUCGAUUCCUUGCGCGCCAAGCCGAGCCCCGGGCGAGUGGGGCGGGGGUCCCCAGAGACCGCCAGCGGCCCCUCGGCGCUGAAGGGACCACGCGGGGCGCGCCCCCCGAAGGCUGCCCCCGGGCCCGUGGCCCCGACUUGGCCCUGCGCGGCGGGCGUGGGGCAGCUCAGAGGGAGGAAGCAAGAGAGGGGCCGCCCUCCCCUCGGAGUUAGAAGCGCCUUCCCGGGUCCAGAAUGCCCAAGAAGAAGCCGACGCCCAUCCAGCUGAACCCGGCCCCCGACGGCUCCGCGGUUAACGGGACCAGCUCGGCGGAGACCAACCUGGAGGCCUUGCAGAAGAAGCUGGAGGAGCUGGAGCUCGAUGAGCAGCAACGGAAGCGCCUGGAGGCCUUUCUUACCCAGAAGCAGAAGGUCGGGGAAUUGAAGGAUGACGACUUUGAGAAGAUCAGUGAGCUGGGCGCCGGCAACGGUGGUGUGGUGUUCAAGGUCUCCCAUAAGCCGUCUGGCCUGGUCAUGGCCAGAAAGCUAAUUCACCUGGAGAUCAAACCUGCAAUCCGGAACCAGAUCAUAAGGGAGCUGCAGGUUCUACAUGAGUGCAACUCCCCAUACAUCGUGGGCUUCUAUGGCGCGUUCUACAGCGACGGCGAGAUCAGUAUCUGUAUGGAGCACAUGGAUGGGGGUUCCUUGGAUCAAGUCCUGAAGAAAGCUGGAAGAAUUCCUGAACAAAUUUUAGGAAAAGUUAGCAUUGCUGUAAUAAAAGGUCUGACAUACCUGAGGGAGAAGCACAAGAUUAUGCACAGAGAUGUCAAGCCUUCCAACAUCCUAGUGAACUCCCGUGGGGAGAUCAAGCUCUGUGACUUUGGGGUCAGCGGGCAGCUCAUCGACUCCAUGGCCAACUCCUUCGUGGGCACAAGGUCCUACAUGUCGCCAGAAAGACUCCAGGGGACUCAUUACUCCGUGCAGUCGGACAUCUGGAGCAUGGGGCUAUCUCUGGUUGAGAUGGCAGUCGGGAGGUAUCCCAUCCCUCCUCCCGAUGCCAAGGAGCUGGAGCUGAUGUUUGGGUGCCAAGUGGAGGGAGAUGCGGCUGAGACGCCACCCAGGCCGAGGACCCCUGGAAGGCCCCUCAGCUCAUAUGGAAUGGACAGCCGACCUCCCAUGGCAAUUUUUGAGUUGUUGGAUUACAUAGUCAACGAGCCUCCUCCAAAGCUGCCCAGUGGAGUAUUCAGUCUGGAAUUUCAAGAUUUUGUGAAUAAAUGCCUCAUAAAAAACCCAGCAGAGAGAGCAGAUCUGAAACAACUCAUGGUUCAUGCCUUUAUCAAGAGAUCUGAUGGUGAGGAAGUGGAUUUUGCAGGUUGGCUCUGCUCCACCAUCGGCCUUAACCAGCCCAGUACACCGACCCACGCGGCCGGCGUCUAA